AUGACGGACAAACUCCCUCCUCCCCUCCUGGCGCUCUUCCAGCCUCGUCCACCGUUACGUUACGUUCCUCCCAUUGAUCGCGCACCCGAAGAUGUCAAGAAGAGUACCAUCGGCGGAGUUGCAGAUUUCCUUGGAGACCUCAAGAAAUACGGAGAGGAAGUUCCUUACAAUGCCACAGAAAGCUGGCUGCAACGCAAGUGGCGUCAGAAGCUGGAGAAAAAGGAGAGGCUGAAUAAGCAGUUGACUGAAAGCCUUCAAAUUUACGAACCUUCCAAUGAUCCCCAAGCUCGGGGUGAUCCUUUCAGGACUCUAUUUGUUGCUAGACUGAGCUACGAUGUGAAGGAGUCCGAUCUAGAACGAGAGUUCGGCAGAUUUGGGCCAAUUGAGAGAAUCCGCAUUGUAAAAGACACAGUCACACCGAAGGGCUCAAAGAAGCCACACAGGGGCUAUGCUUUCAUCGUAUAUGAGCGUGAAAAGGACAUGAAAGCUGCCUACAAAGAGACAGAUGGAAUUCGAAUCAAGGAUCGACGUGUCUUGGUAGAUGUGGAACGUGGCCGAACAGUCAAAGGCUGGAAGCCUCGCCGCUUCGGCGGAGGCUUGGGAGGACGCGGCUAUACUAAGGCUCUACCCUCGCGUCCCACCGGCCCCGGAUCUUUCGGUCCGCCUUCUGGCCCUGGAGGGUUUGGCGGUGGAUUCCGUGGCGGAUAUGGAGGUAGAGGAUUUCGAGGAGGAUAUCGCGGCGGCGAUCGCUUUGGCCCUCGUGGCGGUAUUGGUUAUCAAGGCGGACGUAACGGCUUCGGUGGACAGGCUCCACCAAAUGCUCCCUCCGGUCCCGGUGGUGGCCGGAAUGCUGGAUUUGGAGGCGGCUAUGCUGGUGGUGGAAAGUAUGAGAGAGAUGCCCGGGUCCCAGGUGUAACUGGCAGCAACCGCGAGCCUAUCAGGCCCAGAGAGGGCUACUCAGAGCGAGACCGACGUGAUCACGAUCGUGAUCGGGAAGGUGACCGUCACAGAGACCGUGAUCGGGAUCGCUACCGUGACCGUGACCGCGACCGCGAACGUGACAGAUAUGGUGGUCGGGAAGACCAUGGCCGCAAGAGAUAUCACGAAGACGAUUCCUACGAGGAUCCUCGCGCCAAAAGGAGGUACUGA